CGCUGUGACAGCCCGUCCAUACUUGCGGAAUUCGAGGACGUCAUCAUAGUGAUGGACGUCGAAGAAGAGGAAGAAGAGCGAUGGACUCCUUCAGUCGUGAUCUACUUUUUCGCCUUUUCGCGUGUGUAUUUGUGUUUUGGGCGUUGUUAUUCCGGAGCUCGCUGUGCACGGAGCUGACCUCUGUCACUUGCGGUUCUGUGCUCAAACUUUUAAACGUCAAACACAACGUGAGACUUCAUUCGCACGACGUGCGCUACGGCUCAGAAGAUACACCAAGUACUCUCCUGCCUGCCUCUCUGAUCACCUUGGCUGCAGCGGUCCAGUCUUCUGGAAGCUCCUCCCGUCCACCUGCGUGCUUCUACCUCCGCUCUUGCAGCGGUCAGCAGUCAGUGACGGGCGUGACCAGCGUGGAGGACAGCAAUAGCUACUGGAGCGUCCGCGGCACGCGAGACGCGGCCUGCCUUCGGGGAAACGCCGUCAAGUGCGGGCAAAACAUUCGCCUGACGCACGUCAACACGGGACGCAACCUGCACAGCCAUUACUUCAGCUCGCCGCUCUCCUCCAACCAGGAAGUGAGCGCGUUCGGCGAGGAGGGUGAGGGGGACCACCUGGACGAGUGGACGGUGGAGUGCGGGGGGGCGGUGUGGAAGCGCGCCGAGGCCGUCCGCUUCCGCCACAAAGCCACCGAGGCGGCGCUGGCGGUGACCGGCGAGCAGUACGGACGGCCCAUCGGCGGCCAAAGGGAGGUCCACGCCAUGGCCGGGUCGGGCCAGCACAGCCUGUGGAAGGCCAUGGAGGGGGUCUUCGUCAAGCUCGCCGACGCCCCCCCCCCCCCCGGCCGAUCGCGACAGGCACACGGAGUUCUGAACACGUUCGGUUCCUUCUGGAUCCUUGCUGGCAAACUCGGCUUCACUGACUUGCUGUCUUUGACGAGCGGACAGACAACUUCCCGCCGGAAGACGUGCGCCUUGUUCUGCUGCUCUGGAGAACAAUACAUUUGGAUCAUUCAACGACAAAACAGAUCAGGAGAUUUCAUUCAUCGCUUCGGUUCCAAUGCAGUGUUGACCGCACACACGCUGAUGUGAUUUGAGUAUUAUUGACGUGAAUCACAACUUGCAAUAAAAUCCUCAAAUUCAAAUACAA